CCCCACUCUGUUAUUGGUGAAGUCGGCGCAAUGCAAAAGUGACGUAAUUAAGCACGUGUAGAAAUUAUUAUUAUGUAUUUUCUGAAAUUCUGUGAUUGCUUUGGAUAAAAACGCUUUAUCUGCCCUCCCAAUGAAAACUAGUCAUGGAAAGAGAUGUAUGUUUCUGGGCGGUGCACUAUGUUGACAAAAUGAACGAGCAGCGCAGAUUACUCUUCCAUUUGAGAUGGGCACUCCUCCCUCCCCGCUUUCGCUGGAUGACGUGCGGGUUUCGCCCGGUUCGACCCGGGCCAGUGUAAAAUAACUCAAUCAAUCGGUAGUUUCCCUUGUAUUUUCCCAUCUCAAGACACUUCAUUACCCAUCGCUACCUGGAAUUUUGACGUCAUUUAAUGAAAAAAUGGCGGCGAGCAGCAGCUCAAACGUGAACGAAAAUAUUCCAGUUUUUGAGUAUAAAGACAUAAAUACCAAACCAUUCCACGUUGGCUCAUUCAGAACAGCAUUCUUAGAAAUUGAAACCAAUUGACUAUCCUACGAGGAAAAAUACGAAGAGACUGAAGAUGCCGACUUUGCAAAGGAGAUGGGAAUCGCACCAGAAACGUUGGAUGAACUGAAAGCUAUCUGCAGCGUUGACACUCUUCGCUGUCAAGCUGAAGACGAGCCUCUUGACACCAACGUUGUGCCACCUGACCCCACUCUUCAAACACUAAUACAGAGGAAGAAGAAGCAGGACUACAAAGGCACCCUGAGGAUCGAUAAGAUAAGCAGAGUUGACCACUACCAAGACGAACUGGAGAGCCUAGCGGUGGGUAAAAGGCCUGAGGACCCUGCUGACUUGGUGCCAGAAGGGGAGAUCAUUUUGAGCAUCAACGUUCUCUACCCAGCCAUAUUUGAGAGAUUUAGAUAUGUGAGGCCCCACAUGACCCUUCAGAUGCUGGGCUCCCAUAGUCUGGUGGACCUGAGGGACGCUAUCUGCUGUAUCAGUGACCUGCAGGUCUUUGGAGAGUUCAGCAACACGCCUGACAUGGCACCGGACUUCAUCAGCAAGGAUCACUUCAAAUCCGCCUUCUUCUACUUUGAAGGGAUCUUCUACAAUGACAUGCGUCACCCUGAGUGUCAGGACAUGAGCGAGACCACCAUUGAUUGGGCAAAGACCAGAGACUUCCCCACGUUCCAGAAGGCCAAGAUGGAGGACACCAGGUUCUACGACCUGAUGGUGAAGGUGGGCUACCCCUACCUCUUCUGUCACCAGGGAGACUGCGAGCACGUUGUCAUCAUCACCGAUAUCAGGUCAGAGGAUGACUGCCUGGAUAGGAAGUUGUACCCUCUCCUUACCCACAAGCACAGGGUCAUGACCAGGAAGUGCGCUGUUUGUACUAAUUUGACUUUUGUUUUCAGAUGGUUAACCACAAGUCCAUUUGCCCCAAAUGACCCGUGUCUCUUCUGUGAGCGGUGCUUCCGCAUGCUUCACUACGACAAGAAAGGAAACAAACUAGGACAGUUCCUGGCCUACCCUUAUGUGGACCCUGGGGCCUUCAACUGAGACGGGCUGGUCACGUUACUAAUGUUUCUCCCUUCUACUGCUGUGCAGUAUUGGCACAGAGGGAAGUUAUUUAUGUUGGCAUUAAGGCACUUUAUUUACUGUUCUAUUUGUCAUGGGAUUCAUGAUCACAUGGAAAUGUUUGUUAAUAAAGCAUUUUUUUGCUGUAGUCAUCUGGAA